AUGAGCACUCUCAAAGUUAUCAGCACUAACAAGGCUCCUGCUGCCUUGGGCCCAUACUCUCAAGCCAUAGUCGCGAAUGGCUUUGUUUUUGCGUCGGGUCAAAUUCCGAUCGACCCUCAAACAGGUAGCAUCAUCGGCGACGAUGUUCAGAAGCAAAUGGAACAAGCAAUUACCAAUCUUUCAAAUGUGCUGCAGGAAGCAAAUUCCUCGCUUUCACAGGUGGUUAAAACCACCGUCUUUUUAAAGGACAUGAAUGAUUUUGAUGCCAUCAAUGAGGUCUACAAAAAAUUUUUUGGUGAUGCCCGACCUGCUCGAGCGUGUGUCGAAGUGGCCAGGCUUCCUAAGGACGUUAAGGUUGAAAUUGAGGGCGUCGCCGUUGUGAACAAAUGA